AUGGGCAAACUUCAGUCGAAACACGCGUGUAAGCGCAGAGAAAACCCCGAAGGUGAUAGUUUUGUGGUGAACGCGUUCCUGAGGAGAGGGAUGGAGGAGUGCGAGCGAUACAGCGUCGCGGACCACAAGCUGAAGAGCAUGCAGUUUCCAAAUGCGGAGUUGAAGGAAGGCCAGGGUAUUGAUCAACACUGUCCCCUGGAGGUGGUCCUUCCUCCAGAAAAAGGCGAGGGCUGUGAAAGUCACCUGCAGUACAUCCACGCUGAGGACGGAGAGCGGGAGCUGAUCCGAGACGCAGCCAAAGCACUGGGCAAGAAACGCAUCAGUCUGGAUGACAUGGAGUGUGAUGUGUCUGUGGAGGACGAUAACCGUCAGGAAUGGGUUUUCACGCUCUAUGACUUUGACAACAGUGGCAAAGUUACUAAGGAGGACAUGUCCAGUCUCAUGCACACCAUAUAUGACGUGGUGGACGCCUCUGUUAAUAACUCUUAUCACAAUAAGAGCAAGACGCUGCGAGUGAAGCUGACAGUCACACCAGAGCCCAGGAGCCACCGGAGGGAAGCAACAGAUCGCAGUCACCAGGAGGAAGGCAGAUCUGCUGACAAGAGGCACUCCACGUAUAUAAGCAGCAGAGGGCAGUCACACGAGGCUCCAGCUGCUGAAGGUUAUUAUUGUGUAGAUGAAAACACAGAGAGAAGAAAUCACUACCUAGAUCUGGCUGGGAUUGAGAACUACACUUCCAGAUUUGAAGAACCCACCGUUGCUGCCCCCCCUCCGGACCCUCACACCAGAAACUCUCACAGUCAGAGCCGAUCGCGCUCCCACGAACCCGACACGCAAGUGGCUCACCAGCGCCGCUCGCAGGUCAUCGGCGACAACUACAACCCUGCAGAUGCAUACAAAGGCAAAGGCUCUGCACAGUUUAUCAAAUCCCCCAAAGGAAAUUACAAAAGCAGCAGCAACAACAACAACGGCGGCGGAGGUGGGAAAGGGUCCAAAUGCCACAACCACCACGCCCCCCCUCACACCGGGCAAGACGUGUACCACCUCCCACCCCAACCGUCCGCUCACCAUCCGCUCCAAUACAGCCACAGCAAGCGGGCCCGUGCCAAAGCCAGGGAGUCCCCAUCAAAAGCGCCAGUGACCAAUGCCCCCCAGCACGCCCAGCCCGCGGUGGCGUCUGUCCUGGCGGGCGCGGAGGGCAGAGACCCAGGGAGUCCCGGGUUCAUGGUCCCCCUGGUCCAGCGGCACGAGCAUCAUCACCAUCACGAACACCACCACCACCACCACUACCAUCACUACCACCAGACAUGA